GUACAUGUUUUACGACUUACUAUGUACGUCACUGUAGUGAAAAUGGUGGUCGACAUGGAAUUACAGGAAGCUAAAGAUUACGUUCUUCAACUUAUGAAAGAUAAAGAUAAAAUUGAAUCAGAUUUGAAAGCUUUGAAAGAAAUUUUAGAUAUUAAUCAUGUCGGCAUGGAUGAUCCGCUGGUGGACUGUGAAGGAUAUCCACGAAAUGAUAUUGAUGUUUAUCAAGUGAGACAUGUGAGACAUAAAAUAAUAUGUCUUAGAAAUGAUCAUAAAGCAUUGAUGAAUAAAAUAGAAGAAGGUUUGCACAGAGUGCAUGCUUUAGCAGGAAAUCAAGCAGAAUGUUCUAAUGCAACUGCAACUAUUAUUCAAGAUAAUGCACAAUUAGAUCCUUUCUUAAAGGUGAAUUUAGUAUCUCCAGGUUCUCCAGCAGAAAUAGCAGGAAUUCAAGUUGAUGAUCUUAUCUUAGAAUUUGGAUCUAUUGAUUGUCGGAAUUUUAAAUCAUUAAAAGAUAUUGGAACUCUGGUACAAAAUAGUAGAUAUAAGACAAUAAAUAUAAAAAUUAAACGUGGAUCUAAUAUCAUUGCCUUGACUUUAAUUCCACGUCCAUGGAUUGGUAAUGGUCUUCUGGGUUGCAAUGUAAUACCUAUAGAGACAGUUGAAAGAUAAAGCUUUUGAAAUAAAUUUUUAUUAUAUGUUGAUUUUGUGUGUAUAUUAUCAAUAAAAGAAUAUUUAUAAAA